UUCAAAUAGUAGAGGUCUGCUGGGUCUCCUGGAAAAUUUAAAGGCAAAUUUGGAGUAAAAUUGACAAUGGACUUGAUCUGGAACUUUUCCAUGGAAACCUGGGUUUUUCUGGUUCUCUGUCUCCUGCUUCUCUAUGUAUAUGGGACCUACACAUAUGGACAUUUUAAGAAGCUGGGAAUUCCUGGUCCAAAACCUCUGCCUUUUUUAGGGAAUGUAUUGUCCUAUGCCCAGGGUUCAUGGAAGAUUGAUGUUGAGUGCUAUAAAAAGUAUGGAAGUAUUUGGGGGUUAUUUGAAGGUAGACAACCGGUUUUAUUGAUCAUGGAUCCAGACAUAAUCAAGACAGUGCUUGUCAAAGAAUGCUAUUCUACCUUUACAAACCGCCGGGAAAUUCGUCCAGCAGUCCUGAUGAAAAAAUCAGUCCUCUUAUCUCAGGAUGAGCAGUGGAAGAGAAUACGAACAUUGCUGUCUCCCACUUUCACCAGUGGAAAACUGAAGGAAAUGUUCCCUAUUAUUGAACACUAUGGAGAUAUGUUGUUGAAAAACCUGACUCGAGCAGCAGAGAAAGAUGUGCCAGUACCUAUCAAAGACAUCUUUGGGGCCUACAGCAUGGAUGUCAUUAUUGGCACAUCAUUUGGAGUAAAUGUAGAUUCCCUCAGCAACCCACAAGAUCCCUUUGUGAAAAAAACCAAGAAGUUCUUAAAUUUUGAUAAUUUCAAUCCCUUGAUUUUUUCAGGGUGUAUCUUUUCCUUCCUUAUACCAAUAUAUGAGAUGUUAGGUAUAUCCUUAUUUGCAAAAGAUUCUACAGAAUUUUUCAUUGACUUUGUAAAAAAAGCUAUAGAAAAUCGCCUGGAAAGUAACCAAAAGCACCGGGUGGAUUUUCUUCAGUUGAUGAUGAAUUCCCAGAAUUCCAAAGACACAGAAUCCUAUAAAGCUCUGUCUGAUGUGGAAAUCACAGCCCAAUCAGCUAAUUUUAUUUUGGCUGGUUAUGAGACUACUAGCAAUUCCCUUUCCUUCAUUAUGUAUGAAUUGGCCACUCACCCUGAUAUACAGAAGAAAUUGCAGCAGGAGAUUGAUGCAGCUUUACCCAAUAAGGCAUUUCCUACCUAUGAUAUCUUGGUAGAGAUGGAGUACCUGGACAUGGUGGUGAAUGAAACUCUCAGAUUAUACCCGAUUGGUAACAGACUCUCAAGGAUCUGUAAAAAAGAUAUUGAAGUUAAUGGAGUGUUCAUUCCCAAAGGGACAGUUGUGAUGGUACCGAUAUAUGUUCUUCAUCGUGACCCAAAAUACUGGAAAAACAGCAAGGAUUUCUGCCCUGAAAGGUUCAGCAAGAAGAACAAAGAAAACAUUCAGCCUUACGUAUACAUGCCCUUUGGGGCUGGACCAUGGAACUGCAUUGGUAUGAGGUUUGCACUUAUGAACAUGAAACUUGCUGUUAUCAUAAUUAUGCAACAUUUCUCUUUACAACCUUGUAAAGAAACACAGAUCCCUAUAAAACUAAGCAGAAAUAGAUUCCUUCAACCAGAAAAACCCAUUGUUCUGAAGAUUGUGUCAAGAGAUGGAACCUAAAGUGAAGCUUCCCUUUCCAUCAGGAUUUCAGCUAUGUUCUUGAACGAGGCUGUGUCCCAAAAAAAGCACUUUAAUUUCUUUUGGGAAAAAAAAUCGGCAAAGGAUUAACUUAAUCCACAUUCUUGGAAUGAUUAGGAAUUGAAUACAUUCAUGGAAUUUGCUUGAUGACACAUAUUAUUUAUUGUGUAAUGUAAAGAAAGUGACUAAAUCACUGUCAGAUAUGCAGAUUCACCUUGUCCAGUUCUCCUGGGACCAUCUUAAUUUACCCCAGUUAACUCCAUCAAUUUUAAUAAAGUGCUGAUUAAAUUAAAUGUUUUUUCUUAAUUUUAUCAAAAAAAUUGGAAUGAAACAAAAUAAUGAUGGCUGUGAUGUUCAAAUUCAUAAAAACUGUUUUUCAGUAUAGUCACUGAUUAUGUAGGCUUGCUAUAGAUUCCAUUUUGACUACUAGGAGAUGUCAGAUUCAAUUAACUUUGUGAUCAUUGCAGGCAAAGUAUAUUCAUAGUUAAUUUUGUUUUGAAAUACAUUUUUAUGAAACUCAGUGAUCACUUCUGAUAUUAUGAUCUGUUUUAAUAUAUUACCAUUUCUUCUGAUUUUCCUGGAUGUCUAGAAAACUGUUGUCAUUGCCUUUUUGUAUUCCUUCAAAAUCCAACACCUCAAUGCAAUGAAUAUUGAAUUAAAGAUGAGUUACUGCUCAGCUC